AGAGUUUGAACAUUCAACAUUAUGAAGAUCUUUGUGGUGCUCAGCAUUCUCCUGGCUGUCGUCGCAGCUGCUCCCCAUGGCGGUGGUCAUGGUGAGGGUUCCACUGCCAAUGCCAAUGCCAAUGCCGCUGCCACUGCUCAGGGUGGUGCUUCAGGUGGCAAUCGUGGCAACUUCGGUGGUCCAGGCAGCUUUGGCAAUGCUAGCGGAAACGGCAACAGAGGCGGACCAGGAGCGGAUGGUGGUGAUGCCAAUGCUAACGCCAAUUCUUCAGCCGUUGCUAACGGAACCGGAGGUCGAGGUGGUGCUACCAAUGCCAAUGCCAACUCUCAGGCAGUUGCUCAGUCCAAUGGUGGUGGCCGCAUCGGAGGUGGCGGCAAUGCGAAUGCCAAUGCUUCUUCCAGUGCCAUCGCCAAUGGUAACCGAGGAGGCUCCGCUUCAGCCUCGUCCAGCGCAUCUGCCGUUGCCACAGCUGGCAAAUAAGCACCGAGAAGUACUAACUAUGUGAUUUAGUCUUUCAUAAUUUAUUCUCUAAAUAUACUUUUGCUAAAAAAUAAAAAUACAUAUCGAUUUUAAAUAGUA